AUGCUUGGUGUUGUGCCUGCUGCCGCGGCAACUCUCGUGCUGCUGGUUGCGACGAAUGUUGCACAAAACGGCAGCCCCACCCGCAAGGCUCCGGAGCUUCGGACGCUCGAUGAUGUUUUACAGUUGAAAACGAAGGCAGAUUUUGUGGCUGCCUGGCGUGCUGGCUCGGUGCCUGCCGACUACCGGGGAAGAGGGUACGAUGGCUACUUGCUUUCCUUGGGAAUUCUGGCUCCCAUGACUUUGUUCAUAACAAACGUCCUUUUCGGUCCCUUUGCCAUCUGGCGCGGCAAGUCAUUUCAAAAAGGUGGACGUGGGGGCAGAAACCGCUUUGGAAGGUUCGAAAGCCGUGGCUUUGCGGCCAGCGUUGCAGCUUCGCAGCUGGACGACCGACCAGCACUCGUCCUGGACUACGGGGAUCCUGAGCACGGCGAUGUGCUUUGGGGCCGCAUUCUCUUCAUGCGUGAUGAGUUGCGAGAAGUGGGCCCUGGGCUUCUGCUCGGUUUGGGCUCCAUGGGUGCGACAGGAGGAAUGCCGAACUGUGCACCAUUUGUUUUGGUGCCAUCGACGCCACCUGAGCCAUGA